AUGGUUGUUUGGGUCCAGUUCCCGGGUUUCCCCGUUCAUUUCUACCACAAGGAACUUUUGUUUACGCUGGGGAACAUGAUUGGCAGGGCAAUCAAGCUUGACUUCAACACGGCUAAUCAGCAAAGAGCGAAAUUUGCUCGAAUGGCAGCGGAGGUAGACCUGUCUAAACCUCUAGUCCCCCGAAUUUGGCUGGAUGGCAAGUGGCAAAAAGUUGAGUUGGAGAACCUCCCCAUCGUUUGCUUUGAAUGUGGCAAAAUUGGGCAUACAAAGAUAAACUGCCCGACUCUCUCACAAGCUCUUACCAUUGCUACUCAGUCCGGUACGCCUUCACCGCCGUCAGUCGCUGCGGCCGUGGUUUCAUCGGAAGAUCCAGCCGGCUUCGGACCUUGGAUGCUGGUGUCAAGGAUAUCCCGCCGAAAUUCUCGUGAUCCCCCUAAACAAGGUAAGUCGGAGCGAAUAUUGGUAAGUCAUAACGGGAAAAAAAGGGGGAAUUCAGGAAAAAAUGAAGCGGUGGCUAAGGUGUAA